GAGUGGUUUGCAUGUUGGUCCAUUUAUUCUGACAGACGGCUUCACGUGCAACUUCAGUCAACAUGGACUUUUCCAAAAAUGCAACAGAACACCCAGAGCCUCUUAAAGCAGAUGUGAAAGGGAACAUCCCCGCUUGGUUGCAAGGCACAUUGCUACGCAAUGGCCCUGGGAUCUUCUCCAUUGGGGAUACCAGUUAUGACCACUGGUUUGAUGGCAUGUCCAUAAUGUACAGCUUCUCCUUUAAGGAUGGUGAAGUGACCCACAGAAGUAGGUUCCUGAGAAGUGACACCUACAAAUCCAACAUGGAGUCCAACCGGAUUGUUGUGUCAGAAAUGGGAACGAUGGCUUAUCCUGACCCGAGCAAAAACUUUAUUGUCAAGGCAAUUACCUUAAUCAACCACACGGUGCCCGACUUCACUGACAACGGCGCCAGCAAUUUUAUCAAAUAUGGUCAGGAUUAUUUUGCCACUUCAGAGACCAACUACAUUCGUAAAAUUGACCCUGUCACCCUGGAAACUCAAGAUAAGGUGGACUACAUGAAGUUUGUCCCUGUGAAUUUGGCUACGUCUCAUCCACACUACGACAAAGAGGGUAACGCUUACAACAUGGGUACUUGUAUAGCUGAAAAGGGCAAGACAAAAUACCUUCUGUUCAAAGUCCCCGCUGUUCCUCAGAAAGACAAAGACAAGAACGUCCCCGCUUUGAAAAAUGUGGAGGUGAUCUGCUCAGUGCCCUGCCGUUCCCUCCUGUCGCCAAGCUACUACCACAGCUUCGGCAUGACGGACAACUACUUCAUCUUCAUCGAGCAGCCUUUCAAAUUGGACAUUGUCAAAAUGGCCACCGCCUACAUGAGAGGAGUCAACUGGGCCAGCUGCUUGAAGUUCUGUCCAGAAGACAAUACUUUGAUCCACCUGAUCGACAGAAAGACCGGCAAGGUGGUGGAGACCAAGUACUACACUGAAGCUCUGGUCGUCUACCAUCACGUGAAUGCUUUCGAGGUCGACGGUUGCGUCGUAUUUGAUGUCAUCGCCUACAAGGACAAUGGCCUUUAUGAGAUGUUUUACCUGAGCAAGCUGAAUGAAAAGGCGGGUCCACAUGAGAAAACCUACUCCCAACCAAGCUACAGGAGAUUUGCUCUUCCUGUUCAACCAAACAAGGGUGCGGCAAUCGGAGAGAACCUCGUCAAAUUGACCUGCACCACAGCCACAGCGGUAAAAGAAAAAGAAGGCAAACUAACAUGCAAAGCAGAGGUGCUCCGUGAAGGGAUCGAACUGCCCCGAAUUAAUUACGAUCUCAACAGCAAGAAACACCGCUUUGUGUAUUGCAACUGCGUUGAGGAAUCGGCGCUUUCAAAAGAGAUUUCCAAAUUUGACACAGACACCAAGCAAUUGUUGACCUGGGGUGAAGAAAACUGCUGGCCGUCCGAGGCAGUAUUUGUCCCCAGGCCGAAUGGCGAGUCAGAAGAUGAUGGUGUGGUUUUAUCAUCCGUAAUCAACGCCAAUCCCGACCAGUUGAACUUCAUCUUGGUUCUCGAUGCCAGAACAUUCAAGGAAGUAGCUCGGGGUUAUGUGAACGCUGAGCUCCGGAAGGACAUGCAUGGAUUUUUUAUCCCUGAAGGAAAUUAGCUGACUAUUCUUUAUUAAUGAGCAUCAAUAUGCAUUUUAGGUGGGGGAAAAAAACUUUGUCAAUGACACUCCAUUGUUGUAGGGACAACGAGACAAAGUGAUAAGGAUGAUAUCGAUUUUUUUUCAAAAUGUUAUUUCUUACAUUGUAUAAUAUCCACUUUAUUCUUGUGUAUCCCUUUGGCUUUCCUUUUGUGCCUCUUGUUUUCACUGGAAAAAUAUAUGCAUAUUAAACUUACACAAUAAAUCCAUGCAACUCA